UAGGAAAUACUGGUGGUCCUUGAUCCAUCAUAAGGAAAUAGGUACCACCACCAAAUCAAAAGCAAGUUGUUUCCUCCUCCUUCUUCUUCGUGGCCACCACAAUGCAACCAUAUCCGCCGCCUUAUACAAAAGCCCCGCGGUAUGGCGGUGAGUAUUACUAUGAAGAAAGGCCAAGAGGAGGAAACCCUUGCUUGAGAUGCAUUUGCUGCUGCUAUUGCAUCCUGUUUUUCGUCAUUCUUGUUGUAUCCGCCAUCACCUUCUAUUUCUACAUGAUCUUCCAACCAAAAUUACCACAUUACAACGUUCAAGCACUUGAGAUUAAGGAAUUUGGAUAUCAACCUCAUGAUUUCACCCUAACAAUAGAUAUUAUUGUCACUAUUAAAGCAGAGAAUCCUAACAAAAAGAUAGAACUAACUUACGGGGAAGCUAGCUCUAUAAACAUGACCUACACUGAUUCAACAUUAUGUUCAGGAAAAUUACCAGCUUUCCGUCACGGACAUAAGAAUACAACCAUAAUCCAGGUUGAACUCAAGGGAAAAAGUCAGUUUCGAUCAGGGCAAUAUGAGGCAAUGCAAGAAAAUGAAAAAAAUGGCAAAAUUCCAUUAUCGGUGACAGCUAAGGUACCUGUGGAGGUUCUAGUUGGAGAAACUCCUUUAAAGAAAUUCAAUGUGCUUGCAAACUGUUCUUUAAUUGUGAAUAACUUGAAGCCAGGCAAGAAAGCUGACAUUGUUGAAAGCAAGUUCACCUACAGUUUAUCAAAAUGAUAAAAGAUCUGCUCAACGUUUUAAAUUUUGAGUGUAUUUAUUGGUUCUUUUGACCUUAGAAAACGAACCAUGCAUGGCAGCUCUCUUCCUUGUACCAAUUAUGAGAAAACAAAUAUCAUACAAGUACAAUAGUUAGUUUCUUAGGCUUUUUGAUUUGCAGUUUUGCACGUUACUCUUGAUCUGAAUUAAUAAAGUUUUGCUUAUAUGCUA